AUGGAAUAUACGAUCGAAAACUGUCAGAAAUUGGUCGAUGAAUGGAUUAAAACUGUUGGGGUCCGUUAUUUUUCGGAGUUGACGAAUACCGCUAUCUUGAUGGAAGAGGUUGGGGAGAUGGCUCGGAUUAUGGCGCGCCGGUACGGGGAUCAGAGUUUCAAGGCAUCGGAUAGAGAGGUAGAUCUCGCGGAGGAGAUGGCGGACGUGCUGUUUGUGCUGAUCUGUUUGGCAAAUCAGACCGGGGUGGACCUAGAGGACGCUUUUCGGAAAUCGAUCGAGAAAAAGACGAAGCGUGACCGGCAGCGGCAUCAGGAGAAUCCGAAGCUGUGA